ACACGCCCCCUCCCUCCUUCCCUCCACGCCGAGGCGGGGGAAGCCUCUCCAGGGGCUUUGCGCCCUUAGCAAGAUGCUCCUGCUCGGCGCUCAGGAGCCGCCUCAGAAGGACCCUCUCAGCUCCGGAUAGCGAGCGGCGUCGGUCGUGCCCAAGCAACCGGGAGGAGUAGGGGGGUGCUGCCGGGCUUGUUUCCUUGCCUCCUUCCACCCGGUUCGGGGCGGCGACUGACUGAGGCUGGGCUCCGCUAACCCAGCAGCCGGUGCAGCGCCGAAACCCGGCUGGGUGGCGGCUCGCCUGAGGCGCACGGAUGUCGGUGUCCAGGUGCGGCGGCGGCGGCGGCGGCAGUGGCGCUCGACCCGCGCGCUCUGUGCAAGGCCGGGACUGGAGAGUAUGUAUGACCAACUGCCCUACGCUGAUUGUUAUGGUUGGCCUCCCAGCAAGAGGGAAGACCUACAUCUCAAAGAAAUUGACACGCUACUUAAACUGGAUUGGAGUGCCCACAAAAGAAUUUAAUGUUGGUCAGUAUCGGCGAGACUUGGUAAAAACAUACAAGUCUUUUGAGUUCUUCCUGCCAGACAAUGAAGAAGGCCUGAAAAUCCGAAGACAGUGUGCCUUAGCAGCACUGAAUGAUGUUCGGCGAUACCUUUGUGAAGAAAAUGGGCAUGUGGCAGUUUUUGAUGCCACAAACACAACAAGGGAACGCAGAGAAACCAUCUAUAAGUUUGGGGAGGAAAAUGGGUAUAAGACUUUCUUCGUGGAGUCAGUAUGUGUUGAUCCAGAAGUCAUUGCCGCAAAUAUUGUGCAAGUGAAGCUGGGAAGUCCUGAUUAUGUUGACUGUGGUAGUGAUGAAGCUGCAGAAGACUUCAUGAAAAGAAUUGAGUGCUACAAGAAUUCAUACGAGACGCUAGAUGAAAAUCUAGACAAGGAUCUUUCUUAUAUUAAAAUAAUGGAUGUUGGACGGAGUUACCUCGUGAACCGAGUAAUGGACCACAUUCAGAGUCGGAUUGUUUACUACCUCAUGAAUAUCCACGUAACUCCUCGCUCCAUCUACCUCUGCCGGCAUGGUGAAAGUGAACUCAAUCUAAAGGGAAGAAUAGGAGGAGACACCGGGCUGUCGCAUAGAGGGAAAAAGUUUGCCAAGAGUUUGGCACAGUUCAUUAACGAGCAAAACAGCAAAGAUCUGAAAGUAUGGACGAGCCAGAUGAAAAGGACCAUUCAGACUGCAGAGGCUUUGGGAGUGCCUUACGAACAGUGGAAAGUUCUGAAUGAAAUAGAUGCGGGAGUCUGUGAAGAAAUGACAUAUGAAGAAAUUCAGGAACAUUAUCCAUUAGAAUUUGCUUUGCGAGACCAGGACAAAUACAGAUAUAGAUAUCCUAAGGGGGAGUCGUACGAAGAUCUUGUUCAAAGGUUGGAGCCAGUGAUUAUGGAGUUGGAAAGGCAGGAAAAUGUGCUUGUAAUCUGUCACCAAGCUGUUAUGCGCUGUCUGCUUGCUUACUUUCUGGACAAGCCUGCAGAACAACUGCCUUAUCUCAAGUGCCCACUGCAUACUGUCUUAAAGCUAACCCCAGUGGCUUAUGGUUGCAAGGUGGAAUCUAUAUUUCUGAAUGUUGAAGCUGUAAAUACGCACAGAGACAAACCACAGAAUGUAUGCGUUAGCCGCUCUCGAGAAGAAGCUUUGAGGACUGUACCUAAUCAUUUGUAGCAGCCUUGACCUCCCCCUGCCAGCACCGUCCCAAACUGCAGAAGCAGUGCUAAGGAAACCACUCAGGGACCUGAGAAUGAAGGCAGCCUUCAAGGAAGCCAAGCAACACAGAAAUGCAUGCACUCCUCCUCUUCUUGAAGACGGCGUUUCAACUGCCUGGGUCUGGCACAAGGCAAAGUUGGCGUUAAAGGUUGCAAUGGACCAAGUAUUUGUGGAACAGAGAAUGAAAUUGCUUUUAUAGUAAUAUAUGUUGUCUUUAUCCUGUUCUUCGACUGUGGAUGUUAAAAGUAUGAAGUGCUGGUGUCUCUCUUAAUGUCAGCUUUCUUCUGCAAUACUUUCCUAAGCCUUUCUUGCUGUGAUUUCCUGUUUUAUUCCUAUAUUAUAUAUAAAAUCUUUACUGAACAUAGAACAGGUGAUUCUUCAUCUGACGAUUCGUCCAACUAUUUAUUUUAGUAUACAACAAAAGGUACCACCAGUCUCUUUGUGAGAUAUAUUAAUCCAGUUAAUAUAUCAAUUUUAGCAACCAGCAGUGUUGUCCACUUCAAGUCAUUGCUUUGCAGUGAAACAUUUGAUUUUCUUUCUUUCUUUUUUGGUACCUGCACUAAUUUCUAGGUAAUUUUACUAAAGGCUCCACUUGAUGCUUCACAUCAUUUAAUGGAAAGCCAGAAUAGGUAAUAUUUUCCCAAAUGCACUCCAUCUAUCUUGUUGAAAUGUUCCAGAACUCCUGGGUUAUUAUUUUUUGAAUAGUGUGUGAAUAGUUUCCUUUCCACAUCAUGCAUACGGCAAACCUAUUUUGUCUGCUUAUUGAGAACCGCAUAUUUUACUUAACUAUUUUUACCUGGUGUUUUUUUCCCUUCCCUUUUACACUCCCUCUAACUCCAAACCCCAAGCAGAGAAGCCUAUGAAAAGGGAGGAUUUUUAAUUGACACUAAUGUAAACAUUGCUCCAAAUGGAGCAGAUACUAAUGCAAUAAAACGAUUAGCAUGGUGGUUACCAGAGGUGAAUGGCUAUAACAGUGCAGGGAAGGUACAAGACAAAUUACUAGAGAGACCAAAUUAUUAUAAAGCGCUCCUGAGUUAUUGGCAUUAAUGCAAGCUUGUUCUUACCCAUCUUCUUUAACCAAAGUCAGAGAUGGAAGUAUUACCUGUUUUGGGUUUUUAUUUUUUAUUAUGUAUUGGUGAUAUUUAAGUUAAAAUGCAUUGGAUGGGUAAUAUGAAAGUGAUCCUUUAUUGCAUAUCUUCUACUUUAUUGAUGAGAACAGGAUUUGCAUAUUCAUAAAUGGAAACAAUCUCCCCCCUCCCCAAAAAAAGAGGACUCAGGAUUCUUUCCUUCUGUGAACCUUAAGCAGCCACAUCUUGGCCUCGGUGCAUUCCUUGAGUGGAGCUCAAGAGCAUAGUGAAGAAUGGGGCCCUCUAGGACUUUCAAGUAUUUAUAUGCAAAGAGGGAUACUAUGCUGUAAGUGAACUUGUGAAAUUGGAUCAGUCCUGCUUUAGGGUCACAACCCAACAGGGAUACGCUCCAGAUAUAUCCUGUUGAAAUGAAUGGGAGGCAUGUGAAAGAAAUUCCUGUUAGUGAUAAAACUUCAUGCAUGUUAGGCCAGUUGUGUUUGUUGUACUAAGCCAACGUAUAGUGUAAAUAAUCUGUCCAUGUGAUACAAAUCAGCAAGCAGCAGAUUAGGUGCCUGUUGGUUCUUGAACCGACCCGUGUGAUUUGAAUGCUUUUUUGCCUUGAUGUCUGUGCUGGUACCUCAUCGAACCUUGUCAUGCUGUUAAUGUUAAGAGUUCUCUGCAAUGGACUAUGUAAGCUUUGCCAAGUGGGGACUCGUUUAUGUGGCUGGGUGCUAUAAUGUAACAUACUGCCGUGUUGUUCAUUUCUUUAAUAAGUUAGCUUAGCAAUAUAUUCAGCGUUCUGGAGAUAAGCCAUAAAGCCAACCUUAUUUCAGAAACAUAAAAAGGACUAUGUUAAACUAUCAAACACUUUGAAAGCGCUUUAGCUGUACUCCAUCCUUUAAGAUAAUAUGCCUUGACAUCAUAAUGUAUUUAUUCAGGUAGAUCACUACUUACUGGAGUAGAUAAAAAGGGAGAGUUCUGCUGUUGGCCCACAGUAGAGUAUCAGCUGGAGAAGGGGAUUUUGCGUAAUGGCUUAAAUCACAGAUGAAUCGUGUCAACAGCCUAGGCCUAACUUCUCUAGAUGUGAGCCACAAAUUAUUAUUAUUAUUAUUAUUGGCUACUUAGUAGGCUUGAGUUCAUCCCUGAAAAGUUCAGGAUUCAUGAGCAGAAAAUUGUGCAGGUAUAACUUUGGAUUUUAAGUGGUAAAUGUGGUUCCUGUAAGAAAAUACUCUCCUCUGAGUUAGCUAAGCCUGCAAGCUAGCCUUCAUUGGUGGGUGUAGCAUUUUCUUCUAAGCUUUUCUUAACCAGAAGUAUUUGCUUUCUCUCUCUCCCCCCCCCCCAAUCUUCAUAUUUCUCAACGUGCUGUAAAACUGUGGCUAAAUAUUUUAUGUAUAGUAAGAUAUUUUUAUAGGCUACAUCUAAAUAUACUGUGAUAACAGUAGUUUCUAUUUACAAGAUUGUAUAACUGAAAAAAUUGUUGUGUGCAAGAAUAAAUUAUAAAUGUAUGUUGAUACUUGAGAAUGAAAAUACUUGGAAGCUCUGGAUUCUAAUUUAACUUAAAGAUGUGAUGCUAAUUCCACAAUUUGGAAAUAAGCCCCUUGGAAAUGAGUUUGCUUGCUUCAAAGUAAAUGAGUUUAAAACUGAUAUGUUAGAUGGUUGGUGUGCCAUCAGCUUCAUCUGGGUUUCUAGAGAUCAACUAAUCCAGAAGACCUCUUGUAUUUGUUGAUCCACAGGACUGCUUCAUACUCUACUUUUGAAAGUGUGAAUGUGAGAAGAGUGUUUCUAAAAAUAUGGAUCUGACAGGUACAUUUAUCAGAGAGUUGCCAUGACUAGCUGUUUCCUUUGAAGUGUACACUUGAAUGAAAGCCAGUAGCUUUGCUUUAUAUGAAAUGCCUCUCAGUAGGUACUAGAAAUGGAAAAGGUUAUGUAAAUUAUUUCCUCUUGUCAUAACAUGUAUAGUAGACCCAAAUGAUUUCGAAUGAGACUAAUUCGGAUGUGACUGUUAACUCACCUAGUUCUAAGGAUAUAUUUGGCCUUCAGUAUAAUCUUACAUGAGAUUUAUUCCAAGCUAAUAAACAUUGUUUUAAAUUGUGA